CCUUGAGGCUCGAACAUGGGCGAGUCUCCUUGAGGGUCCGUGCACGAGUCCAACAUACGCAGUGGUACGGUUUCUCGCGAUUCCAUCGUGCCCAACGAUAUUAGCUUGUCUUUGCAUUCGACGAUCAAUCUAAAAUUGGAACUCUAAGAAAUCAGAAAUGGAACAGCAAAGAUUCUGCCUGAGAUGGAACAGUUUCCACGAGACCAUGGCCUCUGCCUUUGGGGAAUUGAGGAACGACGAGGAGUUCGUCGAUGUCACGAUUGCUUGUGGGGGUCAGCAUUUCAAAGCUCAUAAAGUGGUGCUGUCUGCUUGCAGUCAAUAUUUCCGUCAACUUUUCAAGAGCAAUCCAUGCCAGCAUCCCAUUGUCUUUAUGCGUGAUAUCACUCCUUCGGAAUUGAGUGCUCUGCUGCAGUUCAUGUACAAUGGUCAAGCAAGUAUUGAACAGGAGAAGUUGCCACAGCUUCUUCAAGCAGCAGAAGCAUUGCAAGUGAAAGGACUUGCAGAAAUCUCUCAGCAGCAAGACCGAGAUCUCGAUGAUCCUCCUUCUGUGUCCCGACCGAACAGUGUCAACAUUGAUGUGCCUGAAGCUGACCACUCAAGAAGUGCUUCCCCCACCAACAAAAGGAAAAAGCAACUUCCUCUUCUCCAGUCCAUCUUGUCAGAGAGGCCAACUGGAGGUGACAGAACCCAGAGCAAUGGCAUGGCAGACCUUAGCAAAGGAGCAAUGGGCAAUGCUGAUCAAGUGGAUUCUGAUGAGAAUGAAGACAUGAGUGAACCAGAUGACAGCCGUUAUGAAAGUGGAGAGGACAGCCUUCUGCCAUCUCGAAUGGUUGAAGUGUCUUCCUCUGAACAGAGGACCCCACUCUUACCUCCUCUCACUCCUGUGUCAGCCCUUGAAUCUGGAUUCCUGUCUGCUGCCACCAAGUUGCAAGCAGUUGCUUCUGCUCUGUCACAAGAGUCCCAUAUGCAGUCAAACUCACUGUCUUUGUUGACACCUGCAAUUACAAUCUCUGACAUUGGUGGGGGAAGUGGUGGAGGUGAUAUGGCACCCAGGAAGCUGGCCUUCCAUGAACCUCGGCCAUGUCCUGUCUGCCUCCGAAUCUAUCGCGAUGCUGCCACGCUUCGUACACACACUGCCAUCAUGCACACUGAGGGACAGACUCCAUUCUACUGCAGCUGUGGAGCACCCUUUGGGACCAAGUAUGAAAUGUACAUUCACAAGAAAAAUGGGCACAAGUCACACUGAGUUUAAAUUCCUACUUUCUCAUGCAUAAUAUACAUUGUGAUGUCAUGUGGGAGGUCAAAGUAGGCAGCUACCAUUCCCAGUCUCUUCUUCCUACAAUUCCAUGACACUCCCUUAGCUCUAUCAUGGAUCUCAAAAACUUUUGAGAACAAGUGACCAUUGUAAUGUAAGUCUCCCUUUAGUGCCUUGUAUGAGUAUCUCUUCCCUUCCUGUGAUGUGUGAGUGCCUUAUUGGUGAGUGCUUCUUUCAGAAUGUGUGGUGAAUCUCAGAGGGAUUGCAUAGACUAUUUUUCCCAACUGAGCUAAGAUCAUUCCUUGUAUAAACAAGGAUCUCUUUUAUGGUCUGGACUUUCAAUGAGAUUUAUCUUACUUUGGCAACACAAGAUGAGUUUUUCUUCAAUUAAUUGUUCUUCCAAAAGUGUGGUAAAUGAUGGAUCAGUGAUUGUUGCACCCAUAGUAUAUGAUGACAUAUCUGUUGUAAUUUCUGUAAUCUGCUCAGGUUCCAGUGAGCACUUUCUCUUCCAGUGUCAUAUUUUUGUAUUUUAAGGGCUGAUUGAAGUUUUCCAGUGAAUUUUUAAAAUGCUUCCAGUGUUUACUGAGGCUUUGGCAACUGACUUCUUUGUAUAUGGAAGAAUACUUUUUUGUGAAAAAUA